CACCCCAUCGCUCCACUGUAAUGUGAAGGGGGGGAGGUAAGAAAACCUUGUCUUCUCAUCUUCACCACGGACAAAGGCAGAAAGAAAAAAGAAAACCCUCCGUUCGUCGCGUGCAUACAUGCAGCCCAAAUGACAUCACGUUGCUGCAGUGCCGCGCUGCCCAUGAAAGGUGUCAGUCGCUUCCUCUGACACCACGAGAUUCUGUGCACCGGCCACUUGGUUCUGCGCUGCUCGAAGGCACCGUGGCGUGACAACGCGUAUUCAUUUAUAGUGGGGCUUUUAUCACGCAGGUGGGGCUGAUUAUGCACGAGGAGUAGAGGCGCGCAUCCCGUUCUCCAGGACACGGCUGGAGAUCUCCUGCAACAAAUCGACCGCAUCGCUCUGUAGAGGGAGCGCGCGCGUACCAAGCCAUGUAUGAAAACUAAUUGCUCGCAUGGGUACGCAUUGUAGGCCUAUUAGAGGAGAAGGAAGACGGAGGAGAAGAAGACCCCCCCCCCCCUCCCCCAGUGUUUAUCAGUGGAUGGGUGGGAUUCCUUUCAUUGCGCUUCAGACGGGAGAAGUUAUGACAACAAUUGGCUCCAGUAAUGGCAAACAGCUGCCGGUGAAACAGGCGUGAUAACCGCGCUCUGCUGCUGCGAUUACGAGAGUUUCCGACCUUUGCAAUCUCUUGACAAUUAAAGACGGAAUUUUGAAUCCGAGCCUCAACCGCCAGAGGCUUUAUUUCCUUUUUUUUUAGUCGAGAGCGCAAACCAUCGCCCUCAAAACGAGCCCGAGACUGCAGCUUUCUGUCCAGACAUCUGUGCUGCAAUUCCUAACAAGCGGUGCGCCUUAUUGCGUUAAACCUGCGUGCGAGAAGACAGCCACAUACUGACGCUUUAACCCUUUUUUUGGCGGGGGGGCACGAUCCGGACGCAAGACUCCUGAGCUUUUUUUUGCUUGUUUGUUGCGGAGGGUUCCUGGUUUACAGCUUCUGCCAUUACGUCUCAAUCGGAUCAUUCUGGGAUUUAAGGUGGGGUUUCAUCGCGACGCAGGUAACUGGAAGAUACCCCACUGUCCCUGGUUGAUGACACUUCAGAUGCACAUUGUCACUCAUUGCGCCCGCUGGAUUCAUCAGCACCAGCCCAGAAGAGAGGCUCUUCCCCCCCUCUUUUUUUUACGCGUGCAUUUUGGAAUAAUAGAACUCUGCGCUACCAUCCGAGAGUCCUGGUGAACGUAUCCAGUUUGACAAGUGUUUGGACGUCGGCAAUCAUGUGCGAUAGGAUCAACCCUUCGGCGUCCGCCUUAUUAGUGCCACUUUUGCCUUUUGAUCUGGAACACAUGUUCUGCACCAGACAUUUUCACAGACUUCAAAUAUAAAGACUGCUUUGAAGUGAACCCCGUGAGGAGCAUCCAAAACGACCCAAUAUUCCGGUGGUGUUUUCCUGUGACAGCGGUAGCAGUGACCUGCCUCUCUGAGCACCAUCCGAUCGGCAUGCUGAUGUGAAACCUGCGAUGGAGAAGGGGGCUUGAUAUCUGGACCUAGAAACUGAUCAACAAUGGACCGCCUGGUUCUUUGCGUGCUGCUGUGUGCAGCUGUGGUGAAGGGGUACAGCUGCCCCGGCCGCUGCAUCUGUCAGCACCUCUCACCCACUCUGACUCUGCUUUGCGCCAAGACGGGUCUGUUGUUCAUACCGCCCACAAUCGACCGCAAGACAGUGGAGCUGCGACUCACGGACAACUUCAUCACCAUCAUCCGCAGGAAAGACUUUUUCAACAUGACUAGUUUGGUUCACCUCACCUUGUCCCGGAACACCAUCAGCCAGAUCACCCCCCACUCCUUUGUCGGCCUUCGAUCUCUGCGGGCGCUGCACAUGGAUGGAAAUCGCCUCAGUGUGAUAAAGACCGACCACUUUAGGGGCCUCGUCAACCUGCGGCACCUCAUCCUCGGAAACAACCAGAUCCACCAGGUGGCCCCCACCUCCUUUGAUGAGUUUGUUUCCACCAUAGAGGACUUGGAUCUUUCCAGUAAUAACCUGCGCACCCUCCCCUGGGAAGCCAUAGCCAGAAUGGCCAACAUAAACACGCUUACACUGGACCACAACCUGAUCGACCAUAUUGGAGCUGGGACUUUCACGUUGCUCACCAAGCUGGUCCGCCUGGACAUGACUUCUAACAGGCUGCAAAAACUGCCGCCCGACAGCUUAUUCCAGCAGGCACAGGUCCUCUCCGACCCCAAGGACUUCAGCUCUUCAACUCUGGCAGUGAGUUUCGGUGGGAACCCUCUUCACUGUAACUGUGAGUUGCUGUGGCUGCGCAGGCUGACGAGAGAGGACGAUCUGGAGACCUGUGCCUCGCCAGAUCACCUCAUGGACAAGUAUUUCUGGUCCAUCCAAGAGGAGGAGUUCACCUGUGACGCUCCGCUGAUCACCAAGCAUCUUUCCACCAAGCCCUACGUGAUGGAAGGGCAGGGUGUGACGCUUAAAUGCAAAGCAGUGGGGGAUCCAGACCCAGAGAUUCACUGGCGGUCCCCAGACGGCAAGCUGGUGCAUAACAACUCCCGCACCAUCCUGUAUGGCAAUGGCACCCUUGAUAUUCUCAUCACCACGCUAAAGGACAGCGGCGCAUUUAAUUGUGUGGCGUCCAAUGCCGCAGGCAUCGCCACAGCUGCUGUUGAGAUCAACAUGAUCCCUUUACCCUUGUUUGUGAACAACACAGGCCACAUGCGCGAAGACCCCGGCCUCUCAGACAUCACCACCUCCUCCAAAUCUGGCAACGACACCAAGGGCUACGACAAGCAGGACAGGAGGGUGAUGGUCAGCGAGCUGACCUCCUCCUCCGCCGUGAUCCGCUGGCCUUCUGAGCGCCACAUCCCCGGCAUCAGGAUGUACCAGAUUCAGUACAACAGCACAGCUGAUGAUACUUUGGUGUACAGAAUGAUCCCGUCUACCAGCAAGAACUUCCUAAUCAAUGAUCUGGCCGCAGGACGAGAGUACGACCUUUGUGUGCUGGCGGUUUACGACGACGGCAUCACAUCAUUAACGGCCACGCGCGUGGUGGGCUGCGUGCAGUUCCACACGGCCAGCGAGGUCAGCCAGUGCCGCUUCAUGCACAGCCAGUUUCUGGGAGGCACUAUGAUCAUCAUUAUUGGUGGUAUAAUUGUUGCUUCGGUGUUGGUGUUCAUUAUCAUCCUGAUGAUCCGCUACAAGGCCUACAGCGGCCCAGAGGACGGCAAGACCAAGGUCAGCCUCAGCAUGCACUCCCAGACCAACGGCAGCCAGCAGCGGCUCCCGCGCUCCGUCUCCAAGCAACCGUCUGACGAUGGCCAGCGCGAAGCUCACGGGCCCAAAGAGUGCAUGGCGCUGGUGCUGAGGGUGGACAAUGAGAAGAAACAGAAUCCGGCUGCCACCACCGCCGUCCUCGAGGUGGAGCUGCCACCCGGAAGUGUAGACAAGAUGAAAAGGAGAACCAGCCUGGAUGCGCAGCGCUCCGGCCCCCCGUCUGAGGACACACAGACGGACAGUAGCCUGACGGGCUCCACCAUGUCCCUGUGUCUCAUCGGCCCCAACGCUGGUACCAAGGAGGCUCCCAGGCUCAAGGACAAGAAAGGUACUCUGGCCAACAUGGGGUUGCUCCCUAAUGAGCUGGCACGAACUAGGCACAGAUUCUCUUUUGACGGAGGGGAUUACUCCAUUUUUCAGAGUCAUAGUUACCCACGCAGAGCGAGGACGAGGUGGCACAAGUCCACCAACCAGCUAAACAUGGAGUCCUCACCGCUCGCCAACAGAAGAGUUACGUUCAGCAGCACUGAGUGGAUGCUCGAAAGCACAGUUUGAGGAACGCGGUGCAGCAGCGGGGAAAAAAAAAGAAAAAACCCGUCUCAGCAGCACAAACGCACACAUGUUAAAACACAAAUAUCUCUACAUGCCAUGUAAGACACACAUUGUUCCUGCACACAACAAAUGAUGAACAUAAGCACACGUACUUACAAAUGCAAACUCUGUGUGAGUUGCUGGAGAACAUUGCAGUCUCCCUCCGUCCUGCCGCCCCGUCAUGCUCCCAGAGAGGUUUGUUGGCCAUGUCGUUUCUUCAUGCAGCAGUGCCUUACUCUGAAAAAUGUACGAAUGGAGGAUGCUGCUCACUGUAGUCAUGAUCCGUCCCAUCGUCGCCUCACACCCUGAUGACGGGAGGCAUUCCUUUGGAUUUUGAUUUUUCUCAUUUUUACUGUGACAUGCCAAUGGGAGUGUUGCAUUUGGAUGUGACUGUUUAAUUGUUUGAAAAAGAAAACUAGAAAAAAAAAAUCUUCAUCAUAACUGUAAAGUGAACAGCCAGGUAUCCUGUUAUGUCAAUCAUGUUUUGGGUUCUUUCAACAACAGCAACAAAAAAAAAAACGUUUGCACAGAAGACACGAGUUACAAGGACAAGAAACACCACCAGUCUAUACAAUAAUAAUAAUUACAAAAAAGAAGAGGAUUUUACACAAGCCGAUUUCUAAUGUUAGCAUAGAGAGGGUGGACCGUUGAUUCCUCUAUGCCGGCCGGACUGUAUGAUGUUAAAUAGGUAUUGUUCCAGAUGUGGCUGUAUAUUAAUCAGUACUGUAUCUGGCUGGCCUAGAUAAAAAAGACAACAAACAAAAAAGACAUAUAUAAGUAUAUUAAAACAUUGGUGUAUGUGUACUAACUAUGUAAGUAAGUAAGUCAUAUGUCUUAUGACUUUUUACAAAGCAUUUGGGUGUUGACUGCAAGUUUUUACAUUAAAAACCUGUGUCAUGACAACGCUCCCUAUUUAGUAUGUCAACAUUUGGACCAUUUAUCCCCUCACGAAGGGCAUUAAAUUUUUUGUGUGGGUUGAUUGUA